AUGUCAAUUGUCAUGCCAUACUUCACAACUUGGCAUCGGGCCAUUGGUUGUAACCAGUCAUGGCAACAGAAUUCUGGCAAAGUCAAGUCAGUGAAGAGUAGCCACAUACUGCAACUAGCUGGUCCCAUUGUGGGUGAUAAGUUUACUUCACAUUCUUUUCUCUUUACAAACUUAAUUCCAUGUUCAAACGAAAUGGAUGGUUUCCGUUUAGAUCAGGAAGAAGCAGUUGCAGCAGGAAGAGGAAAGAAAGAGACUGAAGAGUCUUCUUGGUCAUCACAUCCACAUUUUCAGGCACAACAUAGGCGCUCUAAAAGUGCGUCGGACAGAAAUUCGGAUGUUUCAAGAGGUGGAAUUUUGCAUCCCGGGAAGAAAGAGCAGAAUGAACUAUAUGCAUCUCCAUUAUCAACAAGGGCUUAUAGGACUCGAAGUCCUCUUCAUGACCGCUGUGCUUAUAGCAACAAGAGUACUUCAUGGAACCAGCGAGCCUCUUUGGAGAAAGAUAUUGAACUGCUGCAAUUACGUUUGCAACAAGAAAAAUCUAUGCGAACAAUUCUUGAGAGAGCAAUGGGGAGGGCUUCCAGCACUUUAUCUCCAGGACAUAGACAUUUUGCUGCACAGACAAAGGAAUUGAUUGGGGAGAUCGAGCUACUUGAGGAAGAGGUUGCAAACCGUGAGCAACAUGUAUUAUCCCUUUACAGGAGUAUUUUUGACCAUUGUGUUAGUCGGCCCCCUUCUGAGCAAAGCUCAGGCAAGGCUUCUCCUGCUCAUACAAAGCAUACAUCAAGGAAACACCCCAGUAUUAUUUCAAGUGCAUUUUGUUCAUCAAAAAAGUUUCCUCUCAGACCUUUGCAAGCUCUAGUUUCCACAAAUGACUCGGGGAAAAGAAUCUCUAGAAGUAAUGACGCUUCACAGUUCUGUGGCAAAAAUGACAUUCUAUAUGACAAGACAUGUUCUCAGCCAGUUAAGGCUCAUGAGAAGGUUCAGGGUAUGGAAAAAACCUCAGCGCUGCGGAACUUGAAAGAUCAUCAGUACCAAUGUCCAAGCAAGUUGUCUGAGGAGAUGGUCAGAUGUAUGGCAGCAGUAUAUUGCUGGCUUCGUAGUGCAACAUCUUUGAAUUCUGAGAAAAACCGAUCACCUUUAUUGUCAAGAUCAUCAACUAAUGUUGUACUUCCUAGACGUGGCGUUGGAGAGGACCAAGAUUUCUCUUGCACGUCCAAUGUUGAAAUAUCUUGGAUAUCAACUGAUAAGAGCCAAUUUUCUCGUGCAUCUUAUGCCAUUAGUAACUACAGAGCUCUAGUGGAACAGCUAGAAAAAGUGACGGUGAGUCAGAUGGAAUAUAAUGCCCAAAUUGCAUUCUGGAUCAAUGUGUACAAUGCUCUUGUUAUGCAUGCAUAUUUAUCAUAUGGAAUUCCCCACAGUUCUUUGAGACGGUUAGCCUUGUUUCACAAGGCUGCAUACAACAUCGGUGGCCAUAUUAUAAGUGCAAAUGCCAUAGAGCAGUCAAUAUUCUGCUUCCGCACACCUCGAAUUGGACGGUGGCUAGAGGCCAUCCUCUCCACUGCCUUAAGGAAAAAAUCUGGUGAAGAAAGGCAGUUUAUCAGUUCAAAAUUUGGUCUUCCAUAUUCCCAACCAUUUGCCUGCUUUGCUCUAUGUACUGGAGCAUUUUCUGAUCCUGUGCUAAAAGUUUACACAGCAUCAAAUAUUAAAGAAGAGUUAGAAGUUGCAAAAAGAGAGUUUCUUCAAGCAAAUGUGGUUGUGAAGAAGUCAAAGAAAGUAUUUCUACCAAGAGUGCUCGAAAGGUUUGCAAAAGAAGCCUCUAUCAGCUCGGAUGACCUGUUGAACUGGGUUAUUGAAAAUGUUGACAAAAAGCUCCACAAUUCAAUACAGAAAUGUAUCGACGGUAAAUCCAAGAAGAAGUCAUCAUAUGUUAUUGAUUGGUUGCCUUAUAGUUCAAGAUUCAGGUAUAUUUUCUCAAAAGACUUGACAGAGAAACCAUGGUGGGUGUGAGCUUGACUCUAGACAAUUAAAGAGGUUUCUCCACGUCUUGUAAGCAAUGAAACACAGCUUUUGGCUGAGGGGUGAGGUAUCCUAUUAUCUUUACUUGUAAUUCCAAGUCCAUUCAUUGUACAUCCUAAUCUUCGCUUUAACAUAUUCUUGCUCAAUCUAGAAUUAAUACCUUCUUGGGAAAAACAGUGCCAAGUUUAGCUACGAGUCUAUGACAUUUCUUAUCUUGUGAGAUCCUAAUUGUUAUGAGACAGUAAUUACUGAAUUUCGGCAUCUGUAAUAGUCUUUAGUUGAGUUUCAAUAUUUCCAACUAAAUUCUUAUCAAAUGAAUCACUGUAAUAUAGGCUUUACCUAGGUUUUGAACUUCAGCAUGUUGGUCACAAUCUAUUUAUGUCAUCUCAAAAUCUUUCUAACUUUUCCAAAUUAACUUUAAAAUUGAAAAAGUUAACAUUUUUAGAGGAGGUUCUAACCUUUCUCAUUUUGGCAUAUAUUCAUAAGAGAACCAUGUGCAUCUUAACCAAAUCCAAAAAUGAAACCAGAGACCAACCUCCCUUCUUUCGGGCAUAACCCUUUCCGUAAGAGCAGUCGACUAUUACACUUUGUGUUAGUAACUGAUGUUGCUGUGCAUAGGCUUCACUAACAUCCUUCAAAUCAAAUUCAUCUCAGGUACACCAUAUCCAUCAGGUUUGUGGCACACCGACCUGCUGCAGUCAGCCUUUGAGCAUGAACUCAAGUU